AGAAAGCACAGGAUACAAUAUGAAACGACACCGGUAGAGCAUAUUUAAAAGGAGCUGCUUCUCUUAUCCAGUUCAGUAGAACUAUCAAUGGCUUCUUCUCUCUCUUCACUAUGAUAAAUACUUGAAGGUGCGUCUCCUUCUAUUAGAGUAUUCUUGUUCUUAUUUAUCUCCAUGGCCAAUUAACAGAACCAAAUUCUCUUUAGCAGUUUUUGUUUUUUUUUUCCAUUGCCUCGAUCAUCUAUUGUAAUAUAUAUAUAAGAAAGAAGUAUGAAAGGGUUAUUAAGUUCUUUCCCUCACCAAAGUUGCUUAAAACCCUUCAUUUUCAAUCUUAAAUCACUUCAUAAUCUUCCAGUGAUUAAAUUAAGAACUGGGUUUAUUCAAAGAAAUCUCGAAGCGGGUUCUAGACCAAUAAAGUGUGUUUCUUUGGGUACAGAUGAUGCUAUUAGUACUAAAAGUAUUGUGGGUAGUGAUAAUGGUGAGGAAGUAGAGGAUUGGGAAUUAGAAUUUCUUGGGGAGCUUGACCCUCUGGGCUACCAAGCACCCAAGAAGAGGAAAAAACAAAAAAAGUCUAAGUUGCUUGAAGAAACUGAUGGUAUGGAUUGGUGUUUGAGGGCAAGGAAGGUUGCUCUUAAAUCGAUUGAAGCUAGGGGAUUGAGUCAAAACAUGGAAGAUUUGAUUAAUGUAAAGAAGAAGAAGAAAAAGAACAAGAAAAAGUUGGUUAGCAAGAGCAAGAUUAGUAAGAAAAAUAAGGACUUGGAAGAUGAUUCUGAUUUUGAUUUGGAUGAUGAAGAUGUUGAAUUUGAAGAUGUGGCAGAUUUGCCUGGCGAUGAUAGCAUUGACCUUAGAAGGACAGUGAGUUCGAUGGCAGGUGGUAUGUUUGAAGAGAAGAAGGAAAAGAAUAUGGAAGAGUUUGUUCAGAGGCUGUCACAAUUCUCGGGACCUUCUGAUCGUAAGAAGGAGGUCAAUUUGAAUAGGGCAAUCGUGGAAGCUCAGACUGCAGAGGAAGUUUUGGAGGUUACUGCUGAUAUGAUAAUAGCUGUUGGAAAGGGGUUGAGCCCUUCACCUCUGUCCCCUUUGAAUAUUGCCACUGCCCUUCAUCGAAUUGCUAAGAACAUGGAGAAGGUUUCCAUGAUGAAAACUCGUAGGCUGGCAUUCGCACGACAAAGGGAGAUGUCAAUGUUAGUGGGUAUUGCAAUGACAGCAUUGCCAGAAUGCUCAGCUCAAGGUAUCUCAAAUAUUUCGUGGGCAUUGUCUAAGAUAGGAGGGGAGCUGCUUUACUUGUCAGAAAUGGAUAGAGUUGCUGAGGUGGCUUUGACCAAGGUAGAUGAGUUUAACUCUCAGAAUGUUGCUAAUGUUGCUGGUGCUUUUGCUUCAAUGCAGCACUCUGCUAGCGACCUCUUUUCAGCGUUAUCAAAAAGGGCAUCAGAUAUAAUUCACACUUUCCAAGAGCAGGAACUUGCUCAGGUUUUAUGGGCUUUUGCUUCCCUAUAUGAGCCAGCUGACUCUUUGCUCGAGUCUUUGGAUAUUGUUUUCAAGGAUGUAAACCAGUUUCAUUGCUACACAAAGGCGGAAACAUUGAACUACAAUGAAGUGGACAGCAUGAAAGGCAGUGGAGAUCUUGAUAGAGAGGAAGUUUCAGGCCCUCCAGUACUCAAAUUUAAUAGAGAUCAGCUUGGAAAUAUAGCAUGGUCAUAUGCUGUUUUUGGACAAGUGAACCGGACAUUCUUUUCUAAUAUUUGGAGAACCCUGAGCAAUUCUGAAGAGCAAAGGAUUUCAGAGCAGUAUAGGGAGGAUAUAAUGUUUGCUUCUCAGGCUCAUCUUGUAAAUCAAUGUCUGAAGCUUGAGCACCCACAUUAUCAGUUGGCUCUUGGAGGUGAUCUCGAGGAAAAAAUUGCUCGUGCUGGGAAAACUAAACGGUUCAAUCAGAAAAUCACUUCAUCAUUUCAGAAGGAAGUCGCUCGUCUUCUCGUCAGCACUGGUCUUGAUUGGGUGAGAGAAUAUGUAGUGGAUGGAUAUACUCUGGAUGCUGUUGUAGUUGAUAAGAAGAUUGCUUUAGAGAUUGAUGGACCGACACAUUUCUCAAGAAAUACAGGCGUACCCUUAGGGCAUACUAUGCUAAAACGCCGGUACAUUUCUGCUGCUGGUUGGAAAGUUGUAUCAUUGUCUCAUCAAGAGUGGGAAGAGCUUCAAGGCAGUUUUGAGCAGCUAGACUACCUAAGAGAAAUUCUCAAAGUCCAUCUAGGUGAUAGCAAUAACAUUGAUGGAUAAAUACAAAGACAGAGAGAGGACUUGAAAAAGCUGAGUGAAGGACUGCAAUGGUGAGAUUUUGCUAGACAAACGACAACGAGGAAGUUUACUGGUUAAGUUUUUCUCUCUGUUUCAUUAUAGGUGCUAAUACUUUUGGUUUCAGAUGUAAUAUAUAACUGUUUGUAUUUGUAAUUGAUUCAACCUACUGAUGAAAAUGUCUUUAGGGUUUAGUAAUUGUCUCUCCAGACAUCGAAGUUCUAGAUAUCUCUAAAGUGUAUAUACUUGUCAAGAUUCAGGAGAAUGAGAUAGUGAAUUUUGUAGUCUGUUAAUUCA